AUGUGUGGUGUCAUUGAGAAGAUUACUUCCAAGUACGAAGUUAUUUUAGCCAGUUCUUCACCAAGUAGGUACGAGAUUGUUAGUGAAACGAUGGGGUUGAAAGAUAUCAAAGUGGUAAAACCGACUUUCGAGGAAGAUCUGGAUAAAGCGCAGUACGAGAAUGAUCCCAUCAGGUAUGUUCGUGAUACUUCACGUGGAAAGGCACAGAGUAUUGUAGCAGAUGCUGAUAAGUUGUUCAAUGAGUGUAACCCCAAACUGAUAAUUUGUGCAGAUACUAUAAUGUUUGAUAAUGAUAAAGUUAUCUACGAGAAACCGAUAGAGAGAGACGUUCAACUCCGAAAUUUGAGUAAAUUCUGUUAUUCUGCCGCUGAUAAUGUAAUCAAUGUUGUAACUGCGGUAACAUUGAUUGUCUUUGAUGGUAAGAACCAUAAAUUGAAAGAAUUCUAUGAAUUGACAAAGAUAUUUAUGGAUCACGAUAUUCCUCGUGAGUUGCUGGAAGACUACGUGGAAAGUGGAGAUGGCCUACAAGUUGCUGGUGGCUUCAAGAUUCAGGGAUUGAGUGCCAUGAUAAUUAAAAAGAUCGAAGGCGAUUACUACAACGUUGUUGGCUUACCAUUGAACAAGACGUUCCAAGCCAUGUGGGAAGAAUGCAAGUAG